CGCCACUUCCGGUCCCGCCGCCCGCCCGGAGCCGGCGCGGCCCUGAGGGCCGUGAGGAACCGUGAGGAACCGUGAGGGCCGUGAGGGCCGUGAGGAGGCCUGAGGAGGCCUGAGGGGCCGUGAGGGCCGCGAGGAGCCCUGAGGAGACCUGAGGGCCGUGAGAGCCGCGAGGAGCCCGGAGGAGGCCUGAGGAGCCCUGAGGGGCCGCGUCUCGUCGCCGCCGCCGCCGCUCGGGCCGGGCAUGGUGUUGGGCGCCGGGCGCGCCUCGCCUGUCUCCGGGGGCCCAGGGCGAAGGUGGCAGGGAUGCUGACCCUGGCCAGCAAACUGAAGCGGGACGACGGUCUCAAGGGGUCCCGGACGGCAGCCAGCGCCCCGGACUCCACCCGGAGGGUUUCAGUGAGAGACAAGCUGCUUGUGAAAGAGGUUGCAGAACUUGAAGCUAAUUUACCCUGUACGUGUAAAGUGCAUUUUCCUGACCCGAACAAGCUGCACUGCUUCCAGCUCACUGUCACCCCAGAUGAGGGUUACUACCAGGGUGGAAAAUUCCAGUUUGAAACUGAAGUUCCUGAUGCGUACAACAUGGUGCCUCCCAAAGUGAAAUGCUUGACUAAGAUCUGGCACCCUAACAUCACAGAAACAGGGGAAAUAUGCCUCAGUUUACUGAGAGAACACUCGAUUGACGGCACUGGCUGGGCUCCCACGAGAACAUUAAAGGAUCUUCUGAAUUUUGAUGAUCCACUGAAUAUUGAAGCAGCUGAACACCACUUACGAGACAAGGAGGACUUCCGGAACAAAGUGGACGACUACAUCAAGCGUUACGCCAGAUGAUGAAGAGGAGUACAGGCGCAGACCAUGUGCUGCCGUUUGAUCGACAAUGUGUCUCGAACGUGAAGCAGCCCAUGGCAGCCCCUCCUCCCCCGUCCUCACGCUCCCUCUCAGGCCCCUGGACUGUCCCUGUCCUGUGGCUGUGUGGUCCUGAGAAGACCAUCUUCAUGACUGCCCAUUGUAGGUGGAGAAUGCAACAUAAAUACAGCAAGAAAAUGUGUUUGGGCUUCUAAGGCGUUGUCUGCUUCCCUUAACAUGUUCACUGUUGAGACACUGCUGUGUAGGCUGUGGGGGAGUGGAGAUGUCCUGCCCGAGUGACGCUGGCCGAGUGCUCAGUGGAGCUGCAGACGGGCAGGGAGAGCCGGCCACAGACUGACUGGAUCCCGUUCUUGUAGCUGCUGCCUCGGAUGCUGGCCCUGUCCCAGAGUGCAGCCCUUCACUGUAGAUCUCUUACUGAAAUGCAUAUUUUAUUUAAUGUAAGUAUAUUUUGGAACAGA